AUGUCGAGUUCUCAGCAGCAGUUCGCGUACCCCGUCUCGUCGCCAUACCCCGCAGCCCCAGCAGAGGCGUCUCAGUCAACACAAACUCCAGCGGCUGCAGCCGCCUCCUCCUCGUCGACACAGCCAGCACCAGCCACCCAAUCUCGCCAGGCCGCAGAGGAAGCGCGCAAAGACCGGACCCUCGCCGAGUUCAUGCUUAUGUUGGAUGACUACGAGCCCCUGAUACCCAACGAGGUGACCGAUUACUACCUCCAACGCGUCGGAUUUGAGUGCGAGGAUGUGCGAUUGAAACGCUUGCUCUCGCUUGCGGCGCAGAAGUUUGUGUCGGAUAUUGCUGCAGACGCGUACCAGCAUGCCCGUAUUCGCACCAAUGCCACUGGGGGUCGGGCACGCGUCAACCAGCCAUUGUCGGGUCCAGGUUCUGCAAAGGACAAAACACGGACGACCUUGACGAUGGACGAUCUCAGUGCGGCUUUGGCGGAAUAUGGCAUCAACUCUCGCAAACCUGAAUACUACAUCUAA